AUGUCGUGCAAGUGCUGCGGGAAGCCCGCGGAUCCGGAGGAGCGGCGCGCCAAGGAGAUGUACGCGGGUCCCGCGUUCCACCUCGCGCCUCCGCCCAAGCCCCCGGCGCCCCGCCGGCUGGAACACAGCUGGCAGCACGAGUGGGACGCGAGCGACAGGCCGCCGCUGUACGAGGCGCCCAAGCCGAACGCGUUCAGGCCGCCGCCGCCCGCGCCGAGGAUCCCGCCCGCGGCGGCCGCGCGAAUGGCGGGACUCGACAGCCCGACCGUGCGGGCACCCACGCGGGACGAUGAUGCACGCGGUGGAGACCGCGCGGACGACGGAGCGGCGGGCGCGACGUCGCCGGCGGGUACCGCCGACUCGGCCGAGGCCGUGCGCGCCGCCCUCGGUCUAUCGCCGAGAUCGCCGGGCGGACGAGCGGACGCCGCCGGGAACCCGUCGAGCCCAGCAGCCCUUGGCGACGUCGUCACGGCGAAGAACGCGCUCGUGUCGGCGUCACGAGCGUUUGCGGAUGCGCCGGCGAAUGCGAGAAACGCCGCGGAGUGGCGCGCGUCGCUGGCGCUCGAUCCGGCGAAGGCGCGGCAGGAGAGACAGAUCGGGGACCUGAUGGCGUCGCUGGGGUUGAACACGCGCAAGAAACGGAGGAACCUGGUGUACCCGGACGCCUUCGUCGCGAGCGCCGCGGGCACAGCUGUCGACGAUGCGAGGGAGAGUCAAAGUCAACAACGGAGGGAGGCCGCUCAGACUCAAGCUUUUGAGCUAUCCGCGCGGGUCGACGUCGCGAGCGUCAGCGCGAGGGCGACCGCGUUUGGACCCGCGAUGUCACCGGCGGUCGCGGAGGCGCGGGCGUCGGAUUACCCCGAGGCGGGCUCGUGGGGUAUUCGCGCCGAGGUGGCUAGGUACGACGCCGCCCAUCCGGGAGGAUUCGGAUCGGACGGAGGAUCGUUCGCCGGAGUCUCAUCAGACGGAUGGGGUUUCGCGGCUGCCGAUGGGCGGUGGUCGUCACCGACGGGCGGUGCACGUCGCGAGGGCGGCGUCGGGGCCGGGCUGGGUAGUUUGCGGCGAUAGUCGAGCGCGAUAGCGAGACGCACUCGACGGCGCUGCGUCGGGUGCGGUUGAGAUUUUUAGUUGGCGUUGCUCUC